AUGCUGAAAUGUAUGUUAGAUAACUCGGGUUUGACCUUUGGUCGAACGAUCAGAUCGUUCUUCUUUAGUACUGUCAAGAACGUGAUAUUAAUGGGGAAUACUUGUGUUGGGCCAAGCAUUUCGAAGAAUAGUUUCUUCCAAUCGGUCUCUGCAGCAGUUUGGAGGUCUCGAUUGCCCGCAGACAAUGUUUCCACCACCAACGAGGAAAGUAGGAAAACUGGCAAUUUGAAGGAUUUCUACACAUUGGGGAAGAAGCUUGGACAAGGUCAAUUUGGGACCACCUUUCUCUGUGUGGAGAAGGCUACUGGGAAAAAGUUUGCUUGUAAAUCCAUUGCUAAGAGGAAGUUGUUGGCUCCAGAUGAUGUCGAGGAUAUAAUGCACCACUUGGCUGGGCAUCCAAAUGUUAUAUCAAUCAAAGGGGCUUAUGAGGAUGGCAUGGCAGUUCAUGUUAUUAUGGAGCUGUGUGAAGGGGGAGAGCUUUUCGAUCGGAUUAUUCAACGUGGGCAUUACACAGAAAGAAAGGCAGCUGAGCUUACCCGGAUCAUAGUUGGGGUGGUAGAAGCCUGCCAUUCUCUGGGCGUAAUGCAUCGUGACCUAAAGCCGGAGAAUUUUCUCUUUGUUGAUCAGAAGGAGGAUUCUCUUCUCAAGACUAUUGACUUUGGAUUAUCUAUAUUCUUCAAGCCAGAUAUGGCAAAUGGCAUUCUUCCUCAAAGUUAUGAUGCCAUAUAG